AUGGGCUUCACUCUGCACUCCGUCUACUUCACCUUGAAGGUGAGUUUGCUGCUGGGCUCCUUGCUGGGUCUCUGUUUGGGUCUGGAGUUCAUGGGCAUCCCCAACCAGUGGGCCCGCUACCUCCGCUGGGAUGCCAGCACUAGGAGUGAACUCAGCUUCCAGUUCAAGACCAAUGUCUCUGCUGGGCUGCUCCUCUACUUUGAUGAUGGUGGUGUCUGUGACUUCCUCUGUCUGUCCCUUGUUGAUGGGCGCAUCCAGCUCCAGUUUAGUGUGGACUGUGCGGAGACUACAGUUAUCACAGACAAGCAGGUCAACGACAGCAACUGGCACUUCCUGAUGGUCAGCCGCAAUCACCUUCGGACAGUGCUAGUGCUGGAUGGCGAAGCCAAGCCAGGCGAGGUGCGUCCACAACGCCAGUAUAUGAAUAUCGUCAGUGACCUUUUUGUUGGUGGAGUCCCACUGGACAUCCGUCCUGCUGCCUUGACCCUUGAUGGUGUUCUGGGUGAGCCUCCAUUUCAAGGAUUUAUCCUGGAUCUGAAAUACGGCAACUCUGAGCCACAGCUCCUGGGCAGUCAAGGGGUCCGACUGGAAAUGGAAGGGCUUUGCGCAGAAAACCCCUGUGAAAAUGGUGGCACUUGCUUCCUUCUGGAUGGUGAGCCACACUGUGACUGCUCAGCCACUGGAUAUGCUGGCAAGCUGUGUUCUGAAGAUGUCAAUCAUAUUCCAGGCCUCUCACACCUGAUGAUGGGUGAACAAGGUAGAAGUAAAGCACGAGAUGAGAACACGGCCACUUUCCGUGGUUCUGAAUACCUUUGCUAUGACCUGUCGCAAAACCCCAUCCAGAGCAGCAGUGAUGAGAUCACUCUCUCCUUCAAGACAUGGCAACGCAACGGGCUCAUUCUGCACACCGGCAAGUCAGCUGAUUAUGUCAACCUGGCCCUGAAAGAUGGUGCGGUCUCGUUGGUCAUUAACCUGGGGUCUGGGGCCUUCGAGGCCAUUGUGGAGCCGGUCAAUGGCAAGUUCAAUGACAACGCAUGGCAUGACGUUAAGGUGACACGCAACCUGCGGCAGCACUCAGGCAUUGGACACGCUAUGGUAAACAAACUACAUUGUCUGGUGACAAUCUCUGUGGAUGGCAUCCUCACCACCACGGGCUACACGCAGGAGGACUACACCAUGCUGGGCUCCGAUGACUUCUUUUACGUGGGAGGGAGCCCCAGUACUGCUGAUUUACCUGGCUCUCCAGUAAGCAACAACUUCAUGGGCUGCCUCAAAGAGGUUGUUUAUAAGAAUAACGACAUACGUCUGGAGCUGUCUCGCUUGGCACGUAUUGGUGAUACUAAGAUGAAGAUCUAUGGGGAAGUGAAAUUUGUAUGUGAGAAUGUGGCUACACUGGAUCCCAUCAGCUUUGAGACACCUGAGGCCUAUAUUAGUCUGCCUAAAUGGAAUACCAAAAGGAUGGGCUCCAUCUCAUUUGAUUUCCGAACCACUGAACCCAACGGACUGAUCCUUUUCACCCAUGGCAAGCCUCAGGAGAGGAAAGAUGCCAGGAGCCAGAAAAAUACAAAGGUAGACUUCUUUGCAGUUGAGCUUCUAGAUGGGAACCUCUACUUGCUGCUGGACAUGGGCUCUGGGACCAUUAAAGUCAAGGCCACACAGAAGAAAGCCAAUGAUGGAGAGUGGUAUCAUGUAGAUAUUCAACGAGACGGAAGAUCAGGUACUAUAUCAGUGAACAGCAGACGCACCCCAUUCACCGCUAGUGGGGAGAGUGAGAUCCUAGAUCUGGAAGGCGACAUGUACCUCGGUGGGCUGCCGGAGAACCGGGCGGGACUCAUCCUUCCCACAGAGCUCUGGACAGCAAUGCUGAACUAUGGCUAUGUUGGCUGUAUCCGAGACUUAUUCAUCGAUGGGCGAAGCAAGAACAUCCGGCAGCUGGCAGAGGCACAGAAUGCCGCAGGAGUCAAGUCCUCCUGCUCCCGCCUCAGCACCAAGCAGUGCGACAGCUACCCAUGUAAGAAUAACGCAGUCUGCAAGGAUGGCUGGAACCGCUUCAUUUGUGACUGCACUGGCACAGGCUACUGGGGUAGAACAUGUGAGCGAGAGGCCUCUAUCUUGAGCUACGAUGGCAGCAUGUACAUGAAGAUUGUCAUGCCUAUGGUCAUGCAUACAGAAGCAGAAGACGUGUCCUUCCGUUUCAUGUCCCAGCGCGCUUAUGGGCUAUUGAUGGCAACCACCUCACGAGACUCUGCUGACACUCUGCGCCUGGAGCUGGAUGGAGGCCGUGUCAAACUUAUGGUCAAUUUAGACUGUAUCAGGAUAAACUGUAACGCCAGCAAGGGACCUGAAACUCUUUAUGCUGGGCAGAAACUCAAUGACAACGAGUGGCACACUGUCCGGGUAGUUCGACGAGGAAAGAGCCUCAAGCUGAUGGUGGACGAUGAUGUUGCUGAAGGCACAAUGGUUGGUGAUCACACCCGCUUGGAAUUCCACAACAUCGAGACAGGGAUCAUGACGGAGAAACGAUACAUCUCUGUCAUCCCAUCCAGCUUCAUUGGCCACCUCCAGAGCCUCAUGUUCAAUGGGAUGCUCUACAUUGACCUGUGCAAGAACGGUGACAUUGACUAUUGUGAGCUGAAGGCGCGCUUUGGUCUCCGCAACAUUAUAGCUGACCCUGUGACGUUCAAGACCAAGAGCAGCUACCUGAGCUUGGCCACCUUGCAGGCUUAUACAUCCAUGCACCUCUUCUUUCAGUUCAAGACCACCUCAGCUGAUGGUUUCAUCCUCUUUAACAGUGGUGAUGGCAAUGACUUUAUCGCAGUUGAACUAGUCAAGGGGUAUAUACACUAUGUGUUUGACCUUGGAAAUGGACCUAAUGUUAUCAAAGGCAACAGUGAUCGUCCUCUUAAUGACAACCAAUGGCACAAUGUUGUUAUCACCAGAGAUAACAGUAACACACACAGCCUAAAGGUGGACACUAAGGUGGUCACUCAGGUUAUCAAUGGUGCCAAAAAUCUGGAUCUUAAAGGUGAUCUCUACAUUGCUGGCCUAGCUCAAGGCAUGUAUAGCAACCUUCCGAAGCUGGUGGCCUCACGUGAUGGAUUUCAGGGCUGUCUAGCGUCUGUGGACUUGAAUGGGCGUUUGCCUGACCUAAUCAAUGAUGCUCUGCACCGCAGCGGGCAGAUUGAGCGUGGAUGUGAAGGACCAAGCACUACCUGCCAGGAAGAUUCCUGUGCAAAUCAAGGCAUCUGUAAUCAGCAAUGGGAAGGCUUCACCUGUGAUUGCUCCAUGACUUCAUAUUCUGGGAGCCAGUGUAAUGACCCUGGUGCCACGUACAUAUUUGGGAAGAGUGGAGGUCUCAUCCUGUACACCUGGCCAGCUAAUGACAGACCAAGCACAAGGACAGACCGUCUUGCUGUGGGCUUCAGCACAACAGUGAAGGACGGCAUUCUUGUUCGGAUUGACAGUGCCCCUGGGCUUGGUGAUUUUCUGCAGCUGCAUAUAGAGCAAGGCAAGAUUGGUGUAGUCUUCAAUAUUGGCACAGUGGACAUCUCUAUUAAAGAGGAAAGCACACCUGUAAAUGAUGGCAAAUACCACGUGGUACGCUUUACCAGGAAUGGUGGCAAUGCCACACUUCAGGUUGACAGCUGGCCAGUGAAUGAACACUACCCAACAGGCAACACUGAUAGUGAACGGUUCCAAAUGGUAAAACAGAAAAUCCCCUUCAAAUAUAACCGACCUGUAGAGGAGUGGCUGCAGGAAAAAGGACGACAGUUAACGAUCUUCAACACCCAGGCGCAAAUAGCCAUAGGAGGGAAGGACAGAGGGCGUCUCUUCCAAGGCCAGCUCUCCGGUCUCUAUUACAAUGGCUUGAAAGUGUUGAACAUGGCAGCGGAAAACAACCCCAAUAUUAAAAUAAAUGGAAGUGUCCGACUUGUUGGGGAAGUCCCUUCCAUCUUGGGAACAACACCCACAACCUCCGUGCCACCAGAAAUGUCUACUACAGUCAUGGAAACCACAACUACAAUGGCCACCACUACAACCCGAAAAAAUCGUUCACCACCCAGCAUCCAGACAACAGAUGACAUCGUUUCAUCAGCUGAAUGUUCCAGUGAUGAUGAAGAUUUCAUUGACUGUGAGCCCAGUACAGGUAAGUCAGGAGGUGAAUUAGUUAUCCCUCUACUUGUAGAAGACCCUUUAGAUAUCCCUCCUAUUGCUACUCGUGCACCUUUCAUUACACUUCCCCCUACCUUUCGCCCCCUCCUCACCAUUAUUGAGACCACCAAAGAUUCCCUGUCCAUGACCUCUGAGGCGGGGUUACCUUGCUUGUCGGACCAAGGCAGCGAUGGUUGUGAUGAUGAUGGCUUGGUGAUAUCUGGGUAUGGCUCAGGGGAAACCUUUGACUCUAACCUACCCCCUACUGAUGAUGAAGAUUUUUACACCACCUUCUCCUUGGUAACAGAUAAGAGUCUUUCCACUUCAAUCUUCGAAGGUGGCUACAAAGCACACGCACCCAAGUGGGAAUCCAAGGACUUUAGACCUAACAAAGUCUCCGAAACUGGUAGGACUACUACCACGUCUUUGUCCCCUGAGCUGAUCCGCUCCACAGCUUCGUCCUCGACUGGGAUGGUCCCCAAAUUGCCAGCCGGCAAAAUGAAUAACCGUGAGCUCAAACCCCAGCCUGACAUAGUCUUGCUUCCGUUGCCCACUGCCUAUGAGCUAGACAGCACAAAGCUGAAGAGCCCGCUAAUCACUUCCCCCAUGUUCCGUAAUGUGCCCACAGCAAACCCCACGGAGCCAGGAAUCAGACGGGUUCCGGGGGCCUCAGAGGUGGUCCGUGAGUCGAGCAGCACAACGGGGAUGGUCGUCGGCAUUGUGGCUGCUGCCGCCCUCUGCAUCCUCAUCCUCCUGUACGCCAUGUACAAGUACAGGAACAGGGACGAGGGGUCCUAUCAGGUGGACGAGACGCGGAACUACAUCAGCAACUCAGCCCAGAGCAACGGCACGCUCGUGAAGGAGAAGCAGCAGAGCUCAAAGAGCGGCCACAAGAAACAGAAAAACAAGGACAAAGAGUAUUAUGUGUAA